AUGACCCGAUUACUGAACCAAAUCAACCCGUUCUCGUCUCGCCAUGAGACGAGCGACAAUCGUGAUGAAGAGGAAUACAAACUUCCGAACAUGGCGUCUCUGGUCAUCAUGAUUUCAAUGAAUCUCCUUCUUCAAGUCUCGUUCUUCAUCGUCGUUUCAUCGUCAAACAAAUAUGCAGAGUACCUGGGAGGAAAUGCUACUUUCUCUGGAAUUGUCAUCGGCAUCCCGACGGCUUUUGCUGGACUUUCUCUGAUUCCGUUGACAAAGUACGAUAAAGGGAUGUACAAAAUGCCCCUUCAUGUCAGUUGCUGCUUCGCCAUUCUAGGCCACGUUGCCUACGCUCUGGCUUUCCGGGCCAACUUCUUAUAUCUGAUUCUGAUCGGCCGUUGCCUCAACGGGGUUGCAUUUUCCAUGUUCAUGUACUGCAAACGAUACUGCACGGACCCCCGAUUUGUUGGCACAAGACGGAGAACGACACUUGCUAGCUGGUUGGUCAUUGGUCAAGGUAUGGGCAUGAGCCUUGGCCCAUUUCUUGGUGGCGUGUUGUACAACAUCGGGUUCUCAAACUCAAUUUUCAAUGGUUAUACAAGCCCGGGAUGGAUCAUGGCCGGGAUUUACGUUGGCUUCUGGGUUUUGGUGACAAAAUAUUUUGAGGACAUCCCUCAACCACCAACCAUUAUGGAAUUGCAGUCAGCAAGCGAUUCAAAUGCUCCACCCAUCGGUUCUUUAGAAGUGAAAGGUGGAGACGCAGAGGUUUCUCCCAAUUAUUCAUCAGCGCCUACCACACGCCCUGUCACGCCCGUUGACGAAUCAUUCAUAGCACAGCUCUCGCUGAUUACACGGUCCCAGUGGGGUGUCAUUGUGUGCAUGUGUUGGUUCGCAAUGCUCUGCUUUUUCAUCCUGGGCUCUUGGGAAGCCAAUCUCCCUGUGUUUGGUGCCGCUGCUGAAAACUUUCACUGGUCUCCAUUUGCUGCGGGAAAUUUCAUCGCUCUCGGUGGAAUAACAAGUUUCCCUUUCCUCCUCUUCAACCUCUUAGCUGCACGUCGCACACAAGAUCGCAAACUCCUCGCAUUCGGGACAAUUCUCGGCCUUACAGGGCUUGUCAUCUUUCUUUCCAUCCUUCGUACCGGCAAGAUCAAUUACGGCUCACUAUUUGCAUGUUGGUGGACCGUGGCGCUCGGUUUUAACCUUGCGACCACCGUGACCCUUAGUCUACUCAGCAAGCAGCUCCCACCCGAGUGGAACAGCCGUACUUCGAUGGCAAUUCAAUACAGCAAUUAUGCUGGUCGUGUCACGGGCGCAAUCUGGGGUGGUUCGGGUGUUUCAGUGGGGAUGUUGAACUUUGUGGGAUUGGAGAUUGCUAUGGUCGGUAUUGGAGCUGUUUUGUUUACCACAUUGUGGAGGGAUCUGAAGACGAAGACGGGAUGA